AUGGUAAGAGCUCCUUUCUAUGAUAAAAAUGGACUGAAGAAAGGUGCAUGGAGUCAAGAGGAGGAUGAGAGGCUAAGAGCUUAUAUUCAGAGCCAUGGUCAUUCUAAUUGGCGUCAACUCCCCAAGUUUGCAGGUUUAGCUAGGUGUGGGAAAAGUUGCAGACUGCGUUGGUUGAAUUACUUAAGGCCAAAUCUUAAACAUGGAGACUACACCCGAGAGGAAGAAGAAAUAAUCAUCAAAUUACACCAACAAUUUGGAAAAAGGUGGUCCAAGAUUGCUGAAAAACUUCCGGGAAGAACAGACAAUGAGAUAAAGAAUUAUUGGCAUAGCCAUCUAAAAAAGCUCUUAAAGAGCGAAGAGAACACAACAACAUAUGAUCAGUCAAAGUCAAAGGAAGGUGAUAAUUUUGAAGGAAAUGUGAGAUCUGAAAGCCCAGAGUCAAAUGUUUGUGAUGGCAUAAAUCUUGUUUUAGAAAGUUCAUUGCCUGUGUCUACAGAAACCUUAGAAGGAGACAACUAUUCCUCUACCUCCUGUUCUGCAAUGAACUUGCCCAGACCAAAAGAUACUAGUGUUGCUGCUCCAUGGGUAAUUGAAGAUUUCGGUGGCGAUUUUUGGACUCAACCCUUCGUUGUAGAAGAUUCAUAUAGCAGUAAUGUGAUAUGUAGUGAUGAAGGCAUAGCCUUAUCGAUUCCAAACUUCUACGACGGUGCAUAUUUGUUGUAG